AUGGAUAAUUUAUUUAAUACCACCGACGCGUCAAAUUGGACCACCGGCUCCAACGACACCAAUAACGGGACGGUGUACUGGAACCAGUUCGUGCAGCCCGUCUGGAGGAUUGUCCUCUGGGCCAUUGCGUACAGUUGUAUAGUUAUCGUGUCCGUGGUAGGCAAUCUUACAGUGAUCUGGAUUAUCAUGGCGCAUAAACGCAUGAGGACCGUCACCAACUAUUUCCUCCUGAACCUGGCGUUUGCCGAAGCCUCAAUGUCUGCCUUCAACACGGUCAUCAACUUCACAUACGCCGUGCACAACGAGUGGUACUUCGGACUGGUCUACUGCCGCUUCCACAACUUCUUUCCGAUCGCGGCUGUGUUUGCCAGCAUCUACUCCAUGACUGCCAUCGCCCUGGACAGGUACAUGGCCAUCAUCCACCCUCUGCAGCAGCGCAUGUCGUCUACAGAGACCAAGGUGGUGGUGGGAGUGAUCUGGGUGCUGGCCCUGCUCCUGGCCUUCCCUCAGUACUACUACUCCACCACGGACGAGCUCCCCGGCCGGGUGGUGUGCUACAUCGACUGGCCCGAGUACAGCGUGUGCGACUUCAAAAAGAUGUACUAUGUGUGUGUGGCCAUUCUGCUGUACUUCCUUCCUCUGCUGGUGAUGGGUUGUGCUUACCUGGUGGUGGGACUGACUCUCUGGGCUAGUGAGAUCCCCGGAGACUCCUCUGAUCGCUACAAGGAGCAGCUGACUGCCAAACGCAAGGUGGUGAAGAUGAUGAUCGUGGUGGUGUGUACAUUUGCCAUCUGCUGGCUGCCCUUCCACGUCUACUUCCUGCUGCACCAGUUCUUUCCUGACAUGUUUGAAGAGAGGUUCAUCCAGCAGGUGUACUUGGCCAUCAUGUGGCUGGCUAUGAGCUCCACUAUGUACAACCCCAUCAUCUACUGCUGCCUCAACGACAGGUUUCGUGCUGGUUUUAAACAAGCCUUCCACUGCUGCCCUUGCGUCCCUCGAGGCUCUUACGAAGGACUGGAACUCAAGUCCACUCGCUACCUUCAGACCCAGACAAGUGUUUACAAGGCCAGCCGGAUGGAGACUACUGUGUCCACUGUUCUCCAGGUUGGGGACGACAUGGAGCAGCCCAAGGUCAAGGCAACAGCAGGACCAGGGCCCGGCGGGGCUGCGGUCGGAGCCAGACCACAUAGCUCCUCCCUGGACCUCGCCUCAAAUGGGUCAUCAUCCCGAAGCGUCUCCAAAACUGUAUCCGAGACAUCCAGUUUCUACUCCAGUAACAACCUGCAGGAAUAG